GCCGAGACCACAGCUAGCAGACGCGAUGCGUGUGAUUCUGCGGCACAGUUUCGGCACUGCUGUGCUGCUCUGCAUAAGGAGAUGCAGCCAGCAGGCGUGGCGGCCCAGCUACUGGCACCAGCCGGGCGCGCAGCCGCUGCUGGCGCUGACCAUGGGCCGGCUGGUGGAGCAGGCGGCGCGCCGCUACGGCGAGCGGGAGGCCGUCGUCUCCCACCAGCAGGGCGCCAGGCUCUCGUUCCGGCAGGUCCACCAGGAGGUGGACCGACUGGCAGCAGGUCUGAUGUCAGUGGGGCUGUCCCGCGGCGACCGGCUGGGCUUGUGGGGUGGCAACUGUCUCGAAUGGUAUGUCACAGCACUGGCAGCUGCACGUGCUGGGCUUGCACUUGUUUGCCUCAACCCGGGCUACGAGGCUGCCGAACUAGGGCACUGCCUGUCCAAGGUGGAGGUUCGUGGUCUGGUGGCCACAGCCAGCGGUUAUGACAGGCUGCAGAAACUUUUGCCAGAACUGGGAAGCAGCAAACCGGGGAAGCUGCGGAACAAAGAGAUACCCAGCCUCAGCACCGUCAUCCUCACAGGCACCGAACCUGCUGCGGGAACGUAUGGUUACAAUCAAGUGAUGGAUCUUGCAACAAAUGAAAACUUGGAACGGGUCUUAAAUCUCCAGAAGGACAUUCAGCCUGAUGAAUGCUGUCAGAUCCAGUUUACAUCAGGCACAACUGGAAAGCCAAAGGCUGCUGUCCUGACCCACCACAACAUUGUGAACAACUCUUUCUGUGUCGGGAAACGUCUACAGUUCAAUGAGAAGCAACAUCGUAUCUGCCUACAAGUGCCUCUCUUCCACUGCUAUGGAUUCUGCAAUGGGCUCCUUGCUGCGCUGCAUUAUGGGUCAACACUUGUUCUGCCUUCAUUGUCCUAUAGUGCAAGGGCAUCUUUGGAAGCCAUUGAAAAGGAGCGAUGUACAGCAGUAUAUGGCACGCCCACCAUGUAUGUGGACCUAGUGUCACUGAUUGAGUCUGGCGAUGUGAGCCGCUACAGCUCACUGCAGUUUGCACUCAACAGCGGUGCCCUCAUCACAGAGCAGUUGUUCCGGCAGGUGCAGGAGAAGCUCAGCCUCAAUAAAGUCUGUUCUGUGUAUGGACUGACAGAGACUAGUCCAGUGGUGUUCCAGUCAUUGCAAUCUGAGUCACGAGAUCAUAUGCUCACCACUGUGGGACAUGUCUCUGAACACGUUGAGGUGAAAGUCAUUGAUAAGGAAGGAAAGAUGGUGCCAAUAGGUGAACCAGGAGAAUUAUGCAUUCGUGGCUAUGUCACCAUUAGUGGCUAUUGGGCUGAUGAGGCCAAGACUCGAGAACUGAUUGAUGAGAAUGGCUGGCUGAAGACAGGGGAUUUAUUUAUUCUGAAAGAGGAUGGCUACGGAAUGGUAGUUGGACGCUUGAAAGACAUGAUAAUCAGGGGUGGUGAGAAUAUUUCCCCUAAAGAAGUUCAGGAGCUGCUGGAGACUCAUCCAGAUAUACUGGAGGCACAAGUAUUUGGGAUUCCACAUGCAAGAUUAGGUGAACAGGUAUGCUCAUGCAUCCGAAUAAAAGAAGGAUCUGGGCUCACACCUGAGAAAGUCCAAGAAUUUGCAAAGGGAAAGAUUGCAGGUUUCAAAAUUCCAAAAAUAAUUGAAAUUGUUGCUGAAUUUCCAAGAACAACAUCUGGAAAAAUCCAGACUUUCAAGCUAAGAGACGCUUUCAUGAAGAAGUAUCCUGCUCAGUAACAAGCCAUAUUGAAUGCAGUACAGUGUUGUGGCAGUGAGAAUUUCAGAGUAUGGACAGUUGUAACAACUCAACCAGUGCCAUCCUGAUGAAGAAUUCAGUUUCCUAAAGAUGAAGAAGUAUUAUUGAAUGAGAAUGUAUAGUUCCUAGUGAACUGAACUUGUAAAGCAAGAGUUUCCUCCAACUUGGAAGUUCAUACCAUAGCAGGAUUGAACAACAUUUCCAGACAGUUCACAAGCAGAGCAGAGUGGGGAACUGUUUGUGAAACAAUCAACGCCAAUGAGUUUACAGCAGAAUGAAUCUGAUUGCACAUAUUUCUUUCAGCAGUAUUAAAUGAUAUUGUGCAAUAUUACAAAAUGAUGCAGCUCGUAAAAGAGUUCUAGUUUGUUCAUAAGAAGUUAAGAACUGCAACUUUAUAGAAAUUUGUUGAAGUAACAAGACAUUUCAAUUUGUGAAUUCCUGAACAAAUAUUUUUUAUACAAUUUUGAUGUAAAAUAUUUUUAACGUGAUAUUUGUACUCAGUUUUCGGCAAAAUGCAUGAAAAUAGACUUCAGUUAGCAGGCUAACUAAGUUUGUAUUAAAUCUAUUCAUGCAAUCUAAAAUAAAUUUCUGGAAUUUAUGCAACAUUGAUUCAGAAACAAUUACUGAAAUUAGAUCAUAUUGGAACUACUGAUUUGUUCAACCUUAGCAAAUAUGGGUAAGGUAAGAAAAAAUUUGUUUUUAUUGAAUAUUUCAUUUCUGUAUGUUUCAUUGGGCUUGCUUUUAUGAUGUCAGCUGCCAGACAAUACACCAAGCAAUGAUUUUGCACAAUCUUUCCUAUAAUCAGUAACUUGUUCCUCAGGAUUAUCAGUGAGAAAUAUUAAGACCACCUGAAAUUGGCUACUAAAUCAUUUAAUACAAAAUACAAGGGUUGUACCAAAAGUAAGGUUCCCAAUGAGCUACAGCCUUGAUGGAAGGAGCUAGGCUAAAUCCUACCACAGUGCCAUGUGCAGUGGUUCCCCCACUCUCGAUCCCACCUGUCUGCAUUUCACUACACCACUCAUUGUUGGCUUGGCAGCCAUCAGAGAUGGAAGUGUUUAUCGCCGCUUCUGCCAAGUGCAAGGUUCGAGCAGUAAUCUGGUUUCUCCAUGCACGGAAGUUACUGCCCAUGGAGAUUCGUUGGCAAGUGACUGAGGUAUAUGGUGAAGAGUGCAUGUCCAUUCAGCACGUCUGCAAAUGGUGCAGGGCUUUUGCUGAUGGUUGCAUGGAAGCUCAUGAUGAAGAAUGGAGUGGAAGACUGCCAGUUUUGGAUGUGUUUGUCCUGAAGAUCAACAGUGAGCUGCUCAAAGAUCGGAGGGUCACUGUCUGUGAACUUGUUGAAUGCAUUCCUGAAGCUUCCUAAGGCACCAUUGAAAGAACUUUAAUAGAAAUGUUGGGUUAUUGCAAAGUGUGUGCUCACUGGGUCCCCCAGAUGCUGAUGGAUGGACACAAGGAGCAAAGCCUUUACUGUGUUCGCAUGUUUCUUCAACAAUGUGAGGGGGAAGGCAACAAGGAGAAAUUGUUGGGCUCUAUCAUCACAGGAGAUGAAAUGUGGGUGUUUCAUUAUACCCUCGAAACAAAACAACAAUCUCGUCAGUGGCAUCACUCCAGUUCACCGCCACCAAAGAAAUUCAAACAAAUGCAGUUGGCAGGAAAGAUUAUGGUGACUGUGUUUUGGGAUCGGAAGGGGGUACUCCUCAGCGAUUUCAUGCAACCUGGCAUGACAGUAAACUCAGACAGAUAUUAUGAAACAUUGACCAAACUCCGGCAUAAAAUCCAGAGUCACUAGAGAGGAUGACUGAAGGAGGAAGUAGUGCUUCUUCAUGACAAUGCUUGUGCUCAUCAAACACAGGAGCUUUUGAAGAAAUUUGGGUGAACUGUUAUGCUUCAUCCCCUGUACAGCCUGGACUUAGCCCCCAGUGAUUAUCUAUCAGUUCUUCCCCAAGGUAAAGGAACCCUUAGGUGGCAAAUGCUUCAAGAGCGACAAUGAAGUCCAAGCAGGCUUCACACACUUCCUCAACAAGUUGGCGGGCGACUUCUUUGACUUAGGAAUUCAAAAGCUGGAGCACCAUCUUCAAAAGUGUGUCAAAAAAAUGGAGACUAUGUUGAAAAAUAGACAAAAGUGUAAGUUUUUCAAUCAUUUUUAAAUUAAUAAUAAUAAACACUGUUUCCUAUUUGUAAAAAAUAUGGGAACCUUAUGGUACAACCCUCGUACAAAAAUCUUUGGUUUCCUUCAUGUUGGUGAUGGUGCUGAAUGGAGCUUUAAACUUCUAAAAUGUUGGUCCAGGGCAAUAAAUAUGUAGAAUUCUUGCACCUAAUGAGCAAAACUAAUCAUAUAAAUUAAUUAAUAUGCAACUUUGGGGGGGGGGGGAGGAUAUUUUUAUAUUAAUUACAACAGUUAAUGAAACUCUAGAAUUUAUUUAAUUUAUGAAAAAAAUGAAUGAGCUAUUAUAUUUUAAACUUCAUGUUUAGAAAAAACACAAAUUUUAUAGUUAAUUAUCUCAAUAUUUACCACAGUUUUAACAGAUUUGGAAAAUUCUAGAGUUUCAUACACCUGUAAGUAUGGUGUCUAUGCUAUGCAAAAGUCUUCGAAGAAUCUCUAGUACGUAUGGAGAAAAGUGUACCUAUAGCAACAAAUGCAACCAAUAGUAAGUGAAAAAAUUAUGAAAUUUCACCUGUAAAAAAAAAAUUAUUUUGUUAUGUUUUGAACUUCCAGUGCUUUGAAUGUGUACCCUGAAUCCUUCCUGGUGAUGCUAACAGCCAAACAAAGAGUGGGGAAUGAGCAGAUGGGGUAUGAAAGUGAUCAAUUUGAUGCCUAGUUUUGCAGAAAAGGAUCUACUUGCUUUUAAGUAAUCAGUGGGAUUAAGAAAAAUUUAAUUAUUGAUUUGAGUAAAAAUUUCUCUCUGGAUUUUCACUUGCAGACAAUGAGUAGGAAAUGGACAAAUGGCGUAUCAUUUGUUUAACACCUUGAACAAAUUCAGGGUAACAUUAAGGAAAACUUAUUUACUGAUUUCAAGGAAAAUUUAAAUAUUCACAAAUCACUGCUGCUAUAUGAAUGAAGUUCAUCCCUUCAAUGUGUAACCAUUUUGCCAGAAAAAGUUGUGCCAGUGUGAUAGUUAACUGUCAAACUGGUUUUCUCUGAAUGAAGUAAUAAAUUUAGGACAUCUCAAGAACAGAAAAUGGUCAGAUUAGUUGUGUCAAAAAGUUCAUCUCUUCCAGGAUUAGCCAUUUCCCACAUAAAAAGAUACAUUGGUGUCAUAUUCAACUGUUAAAAACGCUUCCUUCAAAUAAAUUGUUAAAUUCAGGAUAUUUCAAGACCAGAAGACACAAGGAAGGUGUUGGUAAUGGCUCAGUGUUGCUGCAGCUCUAUAGAUGACUAUUGUUUCUUCUACAGCCAUUAGUGCUUUACAGUUGAAAGAUGGCAACAGAGCUGCUAGCUGCAGGUAUCUUCUUAUGACAACAACUCAGCUGUAGAGUGUCUUAAUCAUCAUCUGAACCGAGCGAGGUGGCGCAGUGGUUAGCACACUGGACUCGCAUUCGGGAGGACGACGGUUCAAUCCCGUCUCCGGCCAUCCUGAUUUAGGUUUUCCGUGAUUUCCCUAAAUCGCUUCAGGCAAAUGCCGGGAUGGUUCCUUUGAAAGGGCACGGCCGAUUUCCUUCCCCAUCCUUCUCGUUGUCGACGGGACGUUAAACACUAAUCUCCUCCUCCUCAUCAUCUGAGAUGCAGAAGUGUGGCCAGUCACCAAAGACAGCUGGUAAACUUGGAAGGCCUUCCAGCAACACUGGAGGCAGAGAAGCAUGUGAGAAGUACUGAGAAAAGGAAAAGUUCAUCCAGGAACCCAGGAUUAUUUGAAUUAGUGGUAAGAAAAUUCUGUGAAGGCAUUGCUGCUCUCCCACCAAGUCUUGCCACGUUUCAAAUUGCCAAAUGU